UUCCAUUUCCUAAAAGCUAAGGCUCAAAUUCUUUGCCUUGUGGAGGAAAAGCGAUUGGGAUCCUAACUUCCUUUUUCUUUAACGCCACAAAUCUUACACCACGGAAAGUGCAAACUGCAUGCGAUUAAGUUAGCCCAUUGAUUAGCAAAAAAAAUGUCCAUAAUUUUAAAAGGUGGCAAAAGAUACACGGUGGAUUUCUAGGUGACGACUGCAGCUUUUCGUUAUAUAUUCCGGCCCCCUCUCUCUCUUCAGUUCUCUAAUUAGCUCGAAUUCUGCUUCCUUGGCCAACAAUCAGUUAAUUUAUAACUUCGAAUUCGAGUUCAAUUCUACUCCGGAGCGCCAUUUUUGCCCCGUUAAGUCAGGAAGAUCAUAUGGCAACUGGUAUCGCUUCAGUAAGCGGACAGUUACAUUUGAGGAAGCCUGUCUACUGGAGGAGUAGCUAUGGAAAAGCUCAGUGUCAUUCCAAUGUGAUCCUGAAUGGCAUGCAAAACCAGAUCCCUUGGUCUUAUUGGGUUUCCAAAUUCUUGCGAGUUCAUAGAAGUAACUAUUCACAAUGUCAAGUGAAAACAAACUGGAAGUCUCACAGCGGAACAAUCAAUUCUUGCCAGAGAGAUGGCUCAACUAGGUAUUUCGAUUUCGCGGUGAUUGGUAGUGGAAUUGCUGGCCUUCGAUAUGCUCUUGAAGUUGCCAAACAUGGAACUGUAGCUGUGAUAACCAAAGCUGAGCCACAUGAGAGUAACACUAACUAUGCUCAAGGUGGUGUAAGUGCUGUGCUCUGCCCUAUGGAUUCAGUGGAGAGCCACAUGCAAGAUACAAUUGUUGCAGGUGCUUACCUCUGUGAUGAGGAGACUGUUAGAGUUGUGUGUACCGAAGGACCUGAGAGAAUUAAAGAACUGAUUGCUAUGGGUGCUUCAUUCGAUCAUGGGGAGGAUGGAAAUCUGCAUCUAGCCAGGGAAGGGGGCCACUCCCAUCGUCGAAUUGUCCAUGCUGCUGAUAUGACUGGCAGAGAGAUAGAAAGGGCCCUAUUAGAGGCAGUUUUUAAGCAUCCUAAUAUACAUGUGUUUCAACACCAUUUUGCUAUAGAUUUGUUGACCACUCAGGAUGGUUCUGACAUAGUAUGUCAUGGCGUUGAUACUAUAAACACGGAAACACAGGAGGUUAUAAGAUUCAUUUCAAAAGUGACUUUGCUGGCAUCAGGUGGAGCUGGGCAUACCUAUCCUAGUACUACUAAUCCGCCGGCAACGACAGUUUAUCGAGAAGCAUGUUCUCGGUCCCAAAAAGCGCUGCGUCGAUACGAGGCCGACCUUCAACGGGUUACUGAUGAGAGAAACUCCCUAACACUUCUUUUAGGGCAGAGAGAAGAGGAAAUAAAAGACCUCCGAGCUGAGUUGGCCAAGGCUUAUCGAGAUCAGGCCGAUUUGUCUGAGCAGUUGCAGCAAAAAAUUGAGAUGAUCGGGAAGCUUCGUGAGGAGGUCGACGUGAUAAAAACAGAGUCUUUGCAGUGGAAAGAAGGUAUGAACCGCUUUGAUGCAGAGAAAGAAACUGCUCGAGCCUAGUUAUCAUCUGCCGAAACCCAACUUCAGAGAAUGAAAGAAAAAGGCCUGGUUCAAGCAAGAAGAAUAGAGGAG